AUGCAUUUUCACACAAAAGCAAUGCUUUCUAGCAUUAUCUUUGGUUUGGUUAGCCUGUGGUUCUUUUUAUUGGUUCAUGGUGAUGGAUUUACUUCAAUAAAUUAUGGGGAAGCUCUGAACAAGUCUUUGUUAUAUUAUGAGGCCCAACGUUCAGGGAAAUUGCCACUUCAGCAAAGAGUGCAAUGGCGUGCAAAUUCUGCAGUUUCAGAUGGUAGUGAAGCAGGAGUUGAUCUUGAGGGAGGAUAUUACGAUGCUGGAGAUAACGUGAAGUUUGGUUUCCCUCUUGCAUUCACAAUAACAAUGCUUUCAUGGAGCACAAUAGAGUUCCAAAGUCAACUGAAGGACAAUAAUCAGCUUACAUAUGCACUGGAAGCAAUCCAAUGGGGCACAGAUUACUUGAUCAAAGCCCAUCCAGAGCCACACGUUCUGUUCGGUCAAGUUGGCGAUGGUGAUUCUGAUCAUGCAUGUUGGCAAAGACCAGAAGACAUGACCACACCACGUCCAGCUUAUAAGAUCGAUGAGGACAAUCCAGGAGCUGAUCUUGCUGCUGAAACUGCUGCUGCUUUUGCUGCAGCUUCUUUGGCUUUGAAGCCAACAAACGAAACAUACGCAUCGCUACUAUUAACCCAUGCAAAACAGCUCUUUGAAUUUGCAAGCGAUCACGGUGGCCUGUACCAAAAUAGCAUUACUAAAGCAGCGAAAUUCUAUAGUAGUAGCGGAUAUGAGGAUGAAUUGUUAUGGGCUUCUAUAUGGCUUUUUCUCGCCACCGAUGAGGAAUCUUACCUAGAUGCCCUUGAAGGGUCCUCUGGUGGCACGAGAUCCAGGUUUUCCUGGGAUGAUAAGUACCUUGGUGCACAGGUCCUAGUUUCAAAGCUUAUUUUCGAGGGGGCCUUAGAUCAAGACAUAUAUGGCCAUUUCAAGAUCGAUGGAGAGCAGUUCAUAUGCAACUGCCUUCAAAAAGGAAAGAAUAAUGUUAUCAAGACACCUGGGGGCUUGCUAUGGUUUCUAUCAUACAACCUUCAAUAUGUAACCACUGCCACAUUCAUUGCCACAACAUAUUCUGAGUAUCUGACCACGUUCUCAACUACAUUUGAUUGUCCUGAUGGCACUAUACAACCCAAUGACCUACUUGCAUUUGCCAAAUCACAGGUGGAUUAUAUCUUGGGUUCAAACCCAAGAAGCACGAGCUACAUGGUAGGAUUUGGGUCAACUUAUCCGAAUCAAGUUCAUCAUAGAGGAGCUUCCAUUGUGUCCAUCAACAUAAAUCCUGCACCUGUGUCAUGCCAAGGAGGCUAUGACUUGUAUUUCAACAAGGAUGCACCCAACCCAAACGUGUUGGAUGGUGCCGUGGUUAGUGGCCCCGAUGAGAAUGAUAACUACUCCGACUUAAGAUCUAACUACGAACAGGCUGAACCAACCACUGUUACUCCCGCACCACUAGUUGGUGUUCUGGCUAAGUUAGCCUUAAGUUUCAAAUAA